CUUCAUAGAUCCAGGCUCAUUGGAGAAAAAGGUCACAACUCGUCUCACUGAGCCCCACGCCCCUGUCUCACUCACUGCAGCAGCUGGAACACUUCGAUCUCAUCGGCGAGAAACGCCCUCAACUUAUGCUGAUCCCAUGCAGUCAGGCUCACCGUCUCCCAUCUCACUCGCACCACACAUCCCUCUGAUGCCGAACAACUCAAGGUGUCUGGCGCCCACAGCCCCAGCCACUCGCGUGCAAUCGUGUUCAAUGUGUGAGAGCGGCCAACCAUGAGCUUGGCACACGUGCUGUGGAGCUCGUUGUACCCUCGAGAGAGAGUCACACACUGCGCUUUGAGGAAGGGGAAUUGAAAAGUAAGCGGCGAGGGCCCUGUGGCAGUGAAGACGAGGGCGUCCGCGUCGUAGCUCUUGAAGGUGUGGCGACGGCCUCUUUCUGGGUUGCGAGGAGGCUGCAGGCUGCUGGUGAUGAGGCACCCGUCCAUGUCUCCAUUGGCCCGCACGAGGAACAGCAAGCAGCUUGCAUCACCCACACGAUCGAGCAUGUUGGUAUAGGCAAAUCCGUGCACAGUGGCCCUGUAGUAAAACACACCAAGGAGAGGAGAACAGACAAGAGAAGACAACCAUACGCAGAGGUGAUCGACGGCUCUUACUUGUAGAGCAGCUCGAUGCCUGUGGUCUGUUUGCCCGUCGUCUGCAGUAUGGCCAUCAGCUGAGCGGGGGAUGCGAUCACAGAGGGACUGGGGAGGCACGGCCCAUCGCCAUGCAGCCGCAGCAUGGGCUCCAUCGCCACGCCGUGUCUCUCCAUGGCCGCCAUGAGUGGUGCCUUGAGCCGUCGAGGCGCAUAGGGGGGGUCGACCACAGUCAUAGGCGCCGCAGCACGCAUGCGGCCUGCAAAGUCGCUAGUUAGCGCCUCGGCUGAGACAUUGGGAGGCAGAGAGGGGAAGUAGCGCUCGAACAUCAAAGAGAGCUGGCGGACUGUCAGUUUCUUGUGCGCGCCUUCUGUGUUGAGCAUAUCAUCGACUGAUGAGUGGGCAAACGCUGCCUUGCGUAACUGAUGAACAGAGACACAAUGCAAGGAAGAAUGUGCAAGUAGGAACUUUGAGAUCUGCUCCCUUACGGCUCCAAUGCGAUCAGCCGCCAAGACGAAACGCAGCUGCCCAUGCAUGACGGUGAUGCGGAUCUGCUGGCUCCCAAAGCGGCGCUGUAAAGCGUUUUUGAGGGCAUCCAGAUGGAAGUGCUCUCGCAGGACCACCGUCAGCUGCGAGAUGGACUCAAUCUCGAGAACCGACCAGAUGCUCGACAAAAUGAAGACGCCUGGGUUGACGACAUCGGCAGACGGCACUGAAAUAAGCGAUACACCCGAUAUAGUUCUCGUCCUCAGAGCAAUGCGUGGGUGCAGGAUCCAUUUCGGGCCCCUUCGCACUUACCGUCGAGGUACAUGACUAAGCUCUUGAUCCGGGGGAGCUGGUGUCUAUAAUCGCCGGGUGUGAUUCCCUCCCUCUCGUCCUCAGCUUUGAUGAACUCGUGGCGACCCUCACACACGAAGCCCAGAGACACUUCAUUAAUUGCACCACGGCCAGCGUCAAUGACAAGCUGACGCAUCUCUGUCUCGGUCCCGCACAUGGUCAAGCUAUCUAGUAGUAGCAGCUGCUGUCUCCGACCUCCAAGCAUCAUCUUCGCCACCCCCAGGCCGAUACGGUUCUUCACCACCAAACUUUGCACCGGCUCCAGUCUAAUUUGGCUGACUGCUUUGAGCUCGGAAGGCUCAUGUGCGAUGCCAUCAGCUGGCGAAGGCACACCGUCCGCACAGUCAAUGGAUAUGCUGCAGCCUCUCACUCCUGGGCCCAUAGUGUGGAAAGUCGGGCAGACGAUGUGGCCAUGUGAGGCGGCGAGGCGAACCUUGUACCCACUCAACAACGCAUCGAGCAGUGGAAGGCUGCAGGCGGGCAGCUUGCCGAGGUCGACUUGGGUGUUGGCCAGCAGAUGCGCGAGGGGGAUGUCUCGCAUCUCCGCGCCAUAGGAAAGAACAGAGAAGGUGACCUUGGCCGAUGGCGAGCAGGUCGCGUCGAUGAAUGAGGCGAGGGCCUUGAAUCGUUGAGGAACAGCGAAUGGCAGUCGUUGCGAUGAAGCGAUACGGACAGGGCGUCGAGAGACUUUGAACAGCCGCGAUCCACCAAACACUUCUGCAAGCAAAAGGACAAUCGAAGCGAGAAGAUGUCUAUGUCAUGGCCUCGCCGCCCGCCGGUCUGUGUCUCUUCCUCUUAUGUCCUUGCCUGCAGGUCCCGGAGGCCGUCUCUGCAGGCAUCACUCGACUCCAUCGUAUGGAGUUUGAUGCCGGUAAUCUUUCGAAGCCUGGCGAGAGGGCCCGGGCUCCCCCGCUGCCCCACAGGGAUGCAAUCUAGCAACUCAGCCAGCUGCGAUGGCGCCGGCAGGCCCCCAUCCAGAUCGACGAGGGAUCUCGUGGUGGUGACGAAUGGCCUGAUGUCUACGAUCUCAGUGGGCGAAUCUGGUACAGACAGAGAAAGCCGCUCGACAGCCGGCAUUGUCCAUCCGCGCCCCUCGAUCACGAAGUGGCCACGUCUGACCCCUUUGACGUGUGUAAGGGUCGGGAAGCUGAUGGACUGAGGAAGGGCGGCAGCAGGAGGGGUAGAAUUGAUGGUGGCCAGCUGAGUGAUCUCCGGAAAUCCGCUGUCUGGAAGCACUACCGGCUCGAAG